AUGAACAAUUUUUCUGGUUCUCUAAGAAUUAUAUCCCUAAAUGCUAGAUCCCUAAAUAAUAAUAAAUUUGCCCAACUAAGAAUAAUAUUAGAUACCCUAGCGGUUGACAUUGCUUGUAUACAAGAAACACAUUGGAUUGAUACUUGUAAAAUUAAUUGCAAAGGUUACCUACUCUUUAACUCGGGCGAAACUGAAAAAAACUGGUGUGGAGUUUGUAUAUUGAUCAAAAAGAAUCUAUCGGGCUACAUCUCAAAAUUCGAUGGCGUAAAUAGUAGGGUAUGUAGCAUAAAAGUAAAUAUGAGAUGUAAAACCUUAAAUAUUGUAAAUAUUUAUAUACCAGUGAACUAUACUGAAAAACAACCAUUCUUCAUUUUUCUUGACGAAUAUCUAAAUAAAUUUCCGAAACGCGAAAACUUACUAAUUGCUGGGGAUUUUAAUGCGAAAGUAGGAAAAAUUGAUAUAAAGAAUCAUAUUUCCCUUGGUUCAGGAACACUAAAUAUUAAAUCCGAUAUUGGAGGAAAACUACUAUUAAAACUCUGUCAUAAGUUAGAUCUUCGAAUAGCUAAUACUUUCUUCGAACAUUCGGAUAAAAGAGAGAUAUACACAUAUUUUAGCCCAACUUACAAUACUUGGUCUCAAAUAGACUAUUUUAUUUGUAAUAGGUCGACUAUGAGUUGGAUAAAAAAUAUUAAAGUUCUUCAUCAGGUUUUAUUUAACUCUGACCAUAAAAUUAUAGAUUGCUCUAUGGUAAUAGACCCGAAGAUAUGGCAUAUGAAGAAGAAAAGAAACGGAAAGUCACUUUCGAAACGUCCCAAAUUAGAUAUCGAGGCUUUAAAUGAUCACAAUAUCAAAACAGAAUAUAUAAAACAAAUCAGAAAUAAUUCUCAUAAAUUUAUCGAUCAUACUAACAACUUAUCCUCGGACACACUAUGGGAAAAUACCCGUGACAUUUUCAACAAUGCGGCAUCAAAUUCCUUACCAGCCAAGAUGAAUUAUCCGGACUGGAUCUCAAUAGAAUCAAAAAAUCUUAUUUCAAAUCUAGUGGGGAGUGGUCAUUAUAGGAGAAACAGAGCCAUGUAUAUCCUAAACGAUAUAAGUCAUAAACUCAGAAGAGAUAAGAGGAAAUUCCUUGAGGAUCGUGCCACUGAGAUAAGUAAUUCGUUCAGUGCAAAUGAUUCAUAUAAAGCUUUUAAAUUAUUGAAAUCCUUCACUUCUUUCAAAAAAGAGCAAUUUUUUAAACUUAGUCACAACUCAAAAGAAAUUACAGAUCCAGAGAUACAAAUGGAAAUAUGGGUUUCACAUUACUCUAAAAUAUUUAAUAGCAACGAACCCUCCUCUACAUCAAAUAAUUGCAACGAUCCCUCCUCUACAUCAAAUAACCAAAUAGUAAUAUCUCCCAUUGAUCAAAGUCCAUCUACCUCAAAAUCUCCCAUUGACCAAAAUGCAUCUUCCUCAAACUCCUGGCCUCCUCAGGUGCAAUUACUCCAGAACCCUCCUAAAUGGCCUUCUGAUCUAUGCCCUCAAAACUCUUCUUCCUAUAAUCUCUUGCCAUCUAAAUUAUUACAUUUACCAAACCAAAGUGAGUCUUGCAUUCAUCAUGGUCCAUCCACUUCGUACCUCUGGCCCCCACAAUUAUUUCUCCCACAAGAUAAUACUCAUAAUACUACAUCUUUAUCUACACAUUCUUCCCUCUCUACCUUAUUCCAAAAUACAGAUAGAAUCAUAGAUCCUAUCAAGAGUGAAAUAAUAAAUAUAAUAAAGAAACUAAAAAAUCACAAGGCGUGUGGUCAAGAUAAUAUUCGUAGUGAAUAUUUAAAAACGGACCCUAUAUUAUCCGCCGAUAUACUAUUCCCUAUCAUAUCGAGAGUAUGGAAGGAAGGGAUCUGCCCUAGUGAUUGGCUAUCGGCUACCCUAAUUAAUUUUCCAAAAACUAAGUACCCUAAAACUCUAGAGGAUUGGAGAGGAAUCUCACUAAAUUCUAUAAUUUAUAAGAUUUUCACUAACAUAAUCCUAAAUCGACUCAAACCUUUUAUAGAACGAGAUUAUGUGGAUUCAAUAGUUUCAUUUAGAAAGGGGCAUAAUGCUCUUGAGGCUAUUCUCAACUUAAAGAUACAAAUAGAGAAAUCUAUAAUACGAAAAAGGCAAUUAAUAAUUAUAGCUCUGGAUUUUAGGAAAGCUUUUGAUACGAUUAUUCAUGAUAGGUUAUGGAUAGCAUUAGAAGAAGUUAAUACUCCAACUUCUUUGGUAAAAAUAUUAAAAAAUAUCUAUAAUGAUUACUCGAUACAAAUUAUCCAUGCGGGUCAUAAAUCAACAAAAAUACCAGUUAAGAUAGGUUUGAAACAGGGAUGUGUCCUUUCUCCUCUUCUUUUUAAUUUUAUUACAAACUAUAUCAUAAAAAGAGUGACUAAACAAUGUUUAGCUCAGAUUCCCAUCGUAAAAUUUAAUAUUCUUGCUUUUGCCGAUGAUAUUUGCAUUAUAGGAGAUUCUAUAUCACACCUCCAAUUGCUAGUGGACAUGAUGACCCAAGUUGCUGAUUUUUUUGGUUUAAAAAUAAAUAUUGAUAAAACAAAGUUGAUGACAUCAAUAUUCUCCCCUCCAAACAUGAAUCUAACGAUACAAGUGAGAAAAAUAGCAGAAGUUCAACAAUUAAAAUAUCUAGGAGUGAUACUGAAUAGAAAAGGAAAUACUAAACUAGACCUAAUAGCUAAAAUAAAUAAAGGCAGACUGAAAUAUAGAUCUUUUAUGAAAAUAUGGAGUUCGAAUCAAUUAUCAAUUCCGUUAAAGAUUCGAUUAUUUAAAACUUUAAUAUUCCCCUCCUUAAUCUAUGGUAUAGAAACUUGGAAAGAUACCAAACAAGAAAGUAAAAAGAUGCAAACGUUCAUUAACAAAUGUCUUAGAUAUAUUACCAAAACUUUCUACCCGUAUAAUACUUCGAAUCAUAAUCUUUGGUCCAGAUGUGACAUUCUCCCUAUAUAUAGACCAUGUGAAUAUAGGAAAAUCGAAAUAUUAGGGCACAUUCUCAGACAAGCCCCAAACAACCUAGUAUAUCAAGCCCUUUUUAUUACCCCUUUGGAAGAAUUAUCUCUCAAACCUUUCCUAUCCUACAAAAAUAGUUGGUUUGGUAGAAUAAAUCGAUCAUUAUCGGACAUAGAUCUAUCUUGGGAAUUCAUAAAACGUGCUUCGUUAGAUAGAAAAACUUACAAAAUCGUAUUAAGACUUAUUUACGAACACUUGACGAAUAACUGCUGA